GUCUAUACAAUCAACUUGGAAUCUCGUUAUUUGCUAAUACAAGGAGUUCCUGCAUUAGGCGUUAUGAAGGAGUUAGUUGAACAAUUUGCGUUAUAUGGUGCCAUUGAAGAGUAUCAUGCUCUAGAUGAAUAUCCCGCAGAGCAAUUUACUGAAGUUUAUCUUAUAAAAUUCCAAAAACUGCAAUGUGCAAGGGUGGCCAAAAAAAAAAUGGAUGAGCGGAGUUUCUUUGGUAGUUUGCUGCAUGUGUGCUAUGCUCCAGAAUUUGAAACCGUCCAAGAAACGAGGGAGAAGUUGCAGGAUAGAAGAAAGUACAUAGCAAAAGCAACAAAUCAAAGAGAUUGCUUUGUAUUAAAAAAAGUAGAGGAGCCUAAGAAGACAAUCUCAAAGAACUCCGAGCCUGAUCGUCUGUGGAGUACAUCGGGAUCACGUGCAGCCAGCUCCUGGGACCUGUCCUGCUUUACAAGUUCUCCCGGCGCAUCCCAUAACACAGGGCAUCCCUCUGGGAGUCCUUAUCAGAACCUGCUGACAUUUCCCCCUAACAGUGGUGCUGAAACUUCUGGGUACUUUGGUCAAAACGCGUCCCUAACUCCAAGUGGGCAUCCAGGAGGACAUGGUCCACCGACUUCCUUAAUGCGGCAAAGAACGGUGCCGAUUGAUAACGGAGUCGAUAGGUUUAUGCCUCGUACAACUCACCUGCAAGAACGUAAGAGGAAGAGAGAAGAAAGCAACAAAUUUUCUCUCAUUGGAACAAGUGUGGACAAUACCGAAGUCAUUAUUGGUCCACAGCUUCCAGAAAUACCCAAAGUAGAUUUGGAUGAUGAUUCAUUGAAUACUUCAGCUACGUUAAUUAGAAAUAAACUGAAAGAGGUAGCAAAUUCUGUUUCAAGACCAUCUGUGGAAAAGCCAGAGAGUAGCUCAGCCAAACCACUUGUAAAGCAGAGAAGAAGAAUAUAG